CUCUCUCUCUCUCUCUCUCUAGAUCUCUCUCCUAUUUCUCUCUCUCUCUCUCACUUGUUCAAUACUUCAAUUCAUUCAAGAGAAACAAAAAUUUUCAAGAGAUCGAUGGGGUUCAAUGAUUCAAAGCAAGUUAUAAACUGGGCAUCCAUCACGAAACAAGAAUAUGCUGACGUGGAAUCAACAUCCUCCAAUAACAGUGAUUCAAUGACGUCAUCAUCGUUUUCUUCCUCUCUAUCAUCGUCGUCAUCAUCAGAGUUAGCAGAUGAUGCAUCAUCGUCACCUUCUUCAACUUCAUCUAAUAAUGCACCACUUUGUAGCGGUCCUCUUUAUCAAUUAACCGAACUCAUGGCCCAACUACCCAUUAAAAGGGGUUUAUCAAAGUUCUAUAACGGGAAAUCACAAACUUUUGCAUCGUUGGGAGAUGUGAAGAAUUUGGAAGAUCUUGCAAAGAAGGAUAUGAGUUACUGCACAAGAAUGAAGCCAUGCAAGAGCUACGGUGGCACUACUUUGAUGAAUCAUUAUUACGCCAAGUUUGGUCCGAAGGCUACCAUUACAAAGAGGUCUUCCAAAAGACCAAUUUCACCUUCUUUUGCUACUAGUCAUGUUACCAUGCUUCUCAAUGCAUAGAAACUUUCUUACUCUUUUAUUUUAGAGGGUUUUCUUUGUAAUUACAGAGACUAGAAAACCCUUUUGAAAUUUGUACUUUUUCUGUUUAUGGGAUAUAUGUUAAUUAAAGUAAAUAUUGAAGCACUUUCCUGGUUUCUUAUUAAUUACAAGAGGAAACAUGAUUGAAAGUAGAAAUGAAGGCAUCAUAUGUACCUAGUUGGAUGGAUAAACAUUAUUUGCAACCACUUA